AUGAUAGGUACCGAUUCCUAUCAUAUAAUUAUUGAUAUACAAGAGUCGCUCCCCACUACAAUUCAAAUCAUCGAACUAGAUUCCAAAAUGCCAUUACAACCAAUUGAACCACUAAGGGCAAAACUGAUUGGGAAUGGUGUCAUAAGACUAUAUAGAGAGUUUGAGAAUGAAAUACCAAUCACUGGCGAAACUUCACUGAAUCAAAUUACUAAUAAUCCAGGUGAUGAUACAAUGGUGGCGAUUUUGGCAGUACCAACGUAUUUUACUGCCACAGAUCUACUAGGAUUUAUUGGAGAGAAGAAUGUAUCCAAAAAUAUAUCACAUUUGAGAAUAUUGAAAAGUAAUAAACCUAAUAGAUUCUUAGUAUUGAUAAAAUUCAGAGAUGUGAUGAAAGCAGCAGAAUUCCAAUAUCAUUUCAAUGGCAAACCAUUUAAUUCAAUGGAACCAGAAACUUGUCACGUGGUUUAUGUAAAGACCGUACAAGUGAUGAAUUCCCACAAGGAUAAUUCAGUUGUUGAUUCAAUGAUUCCAUUUUUAUUACAAGAUCCAUUCACAUCAGCUGCUGCUAGUAGUGGUGAGAGUGGUAGUAGUAGUAGCAGUUCCGGAGUAUCCACAAAUAAUCAUAAUAAUAAUUACCAUUUAAUAGAGUUACCAACGUGUCCGGUGUGUUUGGAAAGAAUGGACGCCACGGUAACUGGGUUGCUAACAAUCCCCUGUCAACAUACAUUUCACUGUCAAUGUUUAACGAAAUGGAAGGAUGACACUUGUCCUGUUUGCAGAUAUUCGCAUAAUAUUGCAAAUGAACGGGUGCGCCGAUCCACUAAUAGAUUGCGACAGUUAAGUAUUCGAGACACAUCAAUCGAUACCCCGCUUUCACGAUCACCAGAGCAACAGCAACAGCAAAAACACGCACAGAUGCCCUCCUUACUUAAAUCCGAGUUUAAUGACGAUGAUGACAUUGACGACGACGAUGCAGGAGAAAUUUGUAUGGAGUGUGAUGAGACUGAAAAUUUGUGGAUCUGUCUAAUUUGUGGGAAUAUAGGUUGCAGCAGGUAUGCGCCAGAGCAACAUUCUCUAAAACAUUUUGUUGAUACAGGACAUUGCUUUGCAAUGGAAAUUGCUACCAGUAGGGUGUGGGAUUAUGCAGGUGACAAAUACGUGCAUCGAUUAGUCACUAAUGAAAGUGAUGGUAAAUUAGUUGAAUUGCCUGACAAGGAUGAUAAACUGAACGGUGGGUCUUCAAAUAGGAAUGAUCCAACUUUUGAUAAAGUCGAUGAAGUUGGGUUUGAAUAUUCCCAGUUGUUGAUAAGUCAAUUGGCGAGCCAACGAGAAUAUUAUGAAUCGUUGCUAGAGCAGCAACAGACAGCACCGAAAUCUAGAAGAGGAUCUAGUAAUAACACCAAAAAUAAUAAUCAUAUUACCAAUAGUAGUAGUGGCAGUAAUACAAAUAAAAUAAAUCAGGAAAUGCUUACAGAAUUGGAAAUUAAAGUUGAAGAUUUGAAUUCAAAAUUAUCUGAUUUGACAAAUAGUUUGAUUCCACAAUUAAAAGAGAAAAUCCAAUCCAAAGAUGAAAAAUUAAAUAAAGUUAUGCGAGAAUUGAAUAUAUCCAAUUCUCUUAAUGAAGCAUUAUCGAAAAAAGUCGAACAUUUAACCAAAGUAGGUGAAGAUUAUAAAACCACCAUUGAAAAAUUAACUGGAGAAAACAAAGCAUUAAAUGAACAAGUUACAGAUCUUAUGUUUUUUUUAGAUAGCCAAGAAAAAUUUAAAAAUGAAUCUCAAGAAGUUAAAGAUGGUACUAUAGUUAUACAACAACCUCCUCCUCCUCCUCCUUCACUGGUAUCACGAAAGAAUAGAAGAAAGAAGAAAUGA